AGAAAAAAAGAAGAAAAAAAAAACACCACGAUCAAACCACAAGUAUAUAGUUCGGUAUCGUCUUGCUGCCAGUUCAAAAACACUGCUUCAAGAGUACUUUUCUUUAUGCUAGAAGGUUCCAAUUUUUUAUAAAAUAUAGAUUGAUUUUACUUUCUUUAUAAAGACAAAAGAGUUAAUAUGGUUUUUAAUUGUAGCAUCGAUCAGUAUGGCUAUUUUUGAUGAAAGUAUGGGACAGGAAAACACAGAGGGGAAAUUGAGAGGGAUGUUUAUAUGUUUCAUUCUGGGAAUUGGAUGCCUUAUUGCAUUGAACAACAUGUGGACAAUGGGAGAUUACUACUACAAAGUCUUCCCUAGCUACCAUCCUUUGCUGGUAUUCACUAUCAUCUAUCAACCAUUCUCACUUACAACUACAUUCAUAUUGGCUCACUACGAGUCAAGGAUCAAUUCAAGGAUUCGGAAUUUAUGUGGAUACACACUUUUCUUCAUUCUCUCUUCCUUAGUUCUUCUUCUCGAUCUAGCAACAUCAGGGAAAGGGGGAAUUGGACCUUUCAUCGGUUUAAAUGUACUUUUUGCUUGUUUUGGAGUUACACAUGCUUUUGUCCAAGGUGGUGUAUCAGGAGAAUUGGCUUUUAUGUGUCCUGAGUUCAUUCAGUCCUUUAUUGGUGGUAUGACUGCAUCUGGAGCUGUGGCUUGUGGUUUGAGAAUUUUUACCAAAUACAAUUUUGAGAAAUAUAACAAUGGCCUUCGAAAAGGAGCUUUGCUAAGCUUAGCCAUCUCUACAUUCUUUCAGCUUUUGAGCCUUAUCUUGUAUGCAUUUUACUUUUCCAAGUUAUCCAUAGUAAAAUACUACCGCUCAAAGGCAGCCUCGGAAGGAGCAAAAACCUACAUUCAAAAUGUUGAUACAAACCAACAAGUUGGAUUUGUUGCUAAUCAACAAGAUGGGUUAAGCCAUAAGAAGCUAUUUAUUGAAAACAUUGAUUAUUUUGCAAUUAUAUUUAUGACAUAUGUAUUAACCCUAUCUAUCAUGCCUGGAUUCUUGUAUGAAGAUACUGGAAUACACAAGCUAGGAACAUGGUAUCCACUUGUUUUGAUGACAAUGUACAACAUUAUGGAUCUAAUAUCAUCAUAUAUUCCCCUCAUCAAAUGUUUGAAGUUGGAAUCUAGAAAAGGCUUAUUAGUUACAACUCUUUCAAGAUUCUUGUUGGUCCCUGCAUUUUACUUCACAGCAAAAUAUGGUGACCAAGGUUGGAUGAUUCUACUUGUAUCUUACUUAGGACUAACCAAUGGUUAUGUCACUGUUUGUGUAUACACAGUGGUACCUAAAGGAUACAAGGGUUCUGAACAAAAUGCAUUGGGUAAUAUGCUUGCAUUGUGGCUUCUAAGUGGUGUAUUUGUUGGAGUUGUUCUUGGUUGGUUGUGGCUAAUUGGAAACUCUGUUCCAAAAACACAAUAGGAUUUUCUGUGAAUCAUUUCUUAAUUUUACUUUUUUUGGUGAAAAUAAUUGUUUUAGCUAAUAGUAAACAAGACAAUGUAAUGUUAGUGUUAGUGUUAAUAACAACAAAUGUGUC